AUGACCGCCGAGGCUGGGACUGAGCGCCGCAAGUUCCGAAGAACUGCCAAUGCAUGCAUCCCAUGCCGGCAGAGUAAGAUCAAGUGCUCAGGGAACCAGCCCUGUGGAAACUGCCAGCGACGCCUGGUUACCUGCCAGUUUGUUGAAGGCGGCAAUAAGAUAGUGACUACUCAGCCCAGUCAUACCACCAAGCGACGUGCCAGCCUCGCUUUCAUCUCAGACGAGCAUGAUGAUUGUCCGGGUGACAUGCCUGUCCCCCCAACUCUUGCUGCUCAGCACCUUGAUCAUGCAGUACAAUGCGUAGGGGCGCAACGGCCAGCUGUAUCGUCCAUCCCACCAGUCGACGGGGCACGCAGCAUCUGGACCAGUCCAUUUUCGCUUCCAUCCAGGACCAUCAAAAACACGCAAAAGAACAAGCGUAACUGGGUGUGGCUGGCACCCUCAUCAACCUGGUCCUUCACUGCCAGGCUCACACUUCUAAUGGCCGAGAAGCUCAACCUCGACGCUCCCUACAGUGCCCCCAACUUCUCAGAUGAAGACAUCUAUACCCUCCGUUGGAAGUCCUGUUCCCCCGACGACGCACCCGACAUCAGUGGCCUACCGUCCAUCGACCACGCGCUCUACCUCUUCAACACCGUUAAAUUCCAUCUCGGACAAAGCUAUCGCUUCCUGGACGAAGCCACAUUCGUUGAGCAUCUCCAAGACUUCUAUCACGGAAAUGCUGCCGAUAAAGUCUCCGAGUCUCGGUUGUGGUUCGUGCAGUUCCUCCUCGUCUUGUCCUUCGGAAACGCCUUUCUCUCCACCCGCUCCAAGUGCACGAACGAGCCGCCCGGCGCAAAGUUCUUCGUCCGUGCGAUGGCCCUAAUGCCGGACCACGCCUCUAUCUGGAAGGAUAGCCUGAUGGCGAUCGAGGUUUUGGCCCUGGCCGGACUGUAUCUCUACUCCGUUGACCAUCGCGAGUCCGCUCAUGUCUACCUCGGCCAAGCCAUCCGCAUCGCGCAGCUGGAAGGCCUACAUACCCAGUUACCCGAGGAGGAGAUCGGGAUCGAGACGGUAGAACGGUGUCGCAACCUGUGGUGGACGCUAUACACCAUGGACCGACACUUCUCGUGCUCGCUGGGCGUCCCGAUGUUGACGCGCGACAGCGACAUCACCACCGUGCUGGACUCGCCGAGUGCGUGUUCGCAACGCGACGCGACGCUGUGUCUGCAGGUGCGGCUAUCGCAUCUGCUGUCUUUUAUCCUUACCACGAUCUACAAAACCCAGAAGACACAGCUGGGCACGUUCCUCGAUAAAACGAAAUCCAUCUUGCAGACGCUUGCGGGUCAUGCGCGCGAGAUCGAGAAGAUCAUCUACCGGAAGUUCCAGAACUCGAUUGAUACGAUGCCCAGGGGGACGAGGCAUAUCACGUUGUUGUAUCACCAGUGCGUCAUUGUGGCGACCCGCCCCCUCCUCCUCUCCGUCCUCAAAGAACGCCUCGACACCCUCAACGAAGUCGACGAAGACUGGCAAACGUUCCUGGCGCCUACAAAAACCCUCAUCGCGACGGGGAUCAAAUCCGCCGCUAAGACGCUCCAGAUCCUCUCGGACGAGGAUAGUCCCCUCGAGGUCUUCCUCCCCUACGACCUCGAAUUCACCUACAGCGCCGCCAUCCACCUCGCCAUGGCGCAGGCGCUCUUUCCGCUUGAUCCCAACGAAUACGGCACAAGGGGCAUCGAGAACGCCCACUCCAUCCUCGACGAGAUGGCCAGCAAGGGCAACCGACUCGCCGAGAAUCGGAGCAAGGAGCUGGUCUACCUGGAGGGAUUAUUCGGGGAGCUGGCUGCGCGUAUUGAGCGGCGCGGACUGUCGACGCUUACGCUAAAAGCGUCUACGUCCACUGCCGCGCCCCUACCGCCGCCGCCCCCCGUGUAUGCUCCAGUGCCGCAUGAUCCAGGGAGUGGAGGAGAACCGAUGGACCCGUUUUGGUCGUCGCCGUCGGCUCCGACGCCUAAUACGAGUAAUAUGGAGCUGUUGGAUAAUAUUGGGAUCUCGUCGUAUGAGUUUCUGUCCAUUGUGGAGCAGAUUGGGAGGCAGGAGUAUCAUAGUAUUUUGGAUACGGGGACGGGGGCGGGGGCGGGGUGGGAUGAGAGGGGCGUGUAG